GGCGGCGCGAGCGCACCGGCGCUGGGCCCGAGCUGAGGCCGGCGCUUCGCGGCCGACUGUCCGCAGCAUGAGCGGGGCUGGCGUCCCCCGCACAUCGGCGGGGCUGGGGCUGUGAGGGCCGCGGUUCCGGACUGAAGUUGCCGCGUUUGCCCCGGCCGCCGCCCGGUCCCAUGGAGCUGGAGGGUCAGUGGUGGCGGGGACAGCUGGCUGCGGAUAUUCAUCAAGCGCUUCGGUACAAGGAGCUGAAGUUGCCUUCCUACAAAGGCCAGUCCCCACAACUGAGUCUUAGAAGGUAUUUUGCUGACUUGAUUGCCAUUGUGAGUAAUCGCUUCACACUCUGCCCUUCUGCCCGACAUCUUGCUGUCUAUUUGCUGGACUUGUUUAUGGAUCGGUAUGACAUCUCUAUCCAGCAGCUGCAUUUAGUUGCACUUUCCUGUCUGCUUCUGGCAAGUAAAUUUGAAGAAAAAGAAGAUAGUGUGCCUAAGCUGGAGCAGCUCAACAGCCUGGGUUGUAUGACUAAUAUGAAUCUAGUAUUAACAAAACAAAAUUUGCUACAUAUGGAACUAUUAUUAUUAGAAACCUUUCAGUGGAACCUCUGCCUUCCAACAGCUGCCCAUUUCAUCGAGUAUUAUCUCUCUGAAGCAGUACAUGAAACAGAUCUUCAUGAUGGUUGGCCAAUGAUUUGCUUGGAAAAAACUAAACUUUAUAUGGCCAAGUAUGCAGAUUACUUCCUGGAAGUAUCUUUGCAAGAUUAUGCCUUUCUAAAUUAUGCACCUUCUUUAGUAGCUGCUGCAUGUGUGGCUUCUUCAAGGAUUAUACUUCGUCUUUCUCCAACGUGGCCUACAAGACUGCAUCGUCUUACUGCUUACUCCUGGGAUUUCUUAGUGCAGUGCAUAGAACGGCUAUUGAUCGCUCAUGAUAAUGAUGUGAAAGAAGCAAACAAACAGAGAGGACAGGCAGGACCUCAGCCAGCACAGCUAAGUGUCUUCCAGCCACCCUCCCAGCCCUUGCGGCCAGUUCAUGGGCAGCAGCCUCAGUAUCUCCAUCAGACUCAUCAGACCGCACUGCAGUAUCGCCAUCCUGUGUUGGAACAACCGGGCUGUCAGCAGAUUGUAUCUACCACGCACACCUCAUCUUACACACUACAGACAUGUCCUGCUGGCUUCCAAACUAGUGUUCAGGGCCUGGGGCAUGUGCAGACUGGUGUUGGGAUGUCACUGGCAAUCCCAGUAGAAGUUAAACCCUGUCUGAAUGUUUCUUAUAACCGGAGUUACCAGAUAAACGAACAUUACCCUUGUAUUACUCCAUGCUUUGAAAGGUGAUUUUAUGCGAAGGUAAUACCUGACCCAGACUGUUUUGUGACUUGAAGCUCUGGGGGCUCUUUGUACAUGGCUCCUUAAGAGAAAAGGGAUUCAAGUUGCAUCAGAACUCUUCAGAAAUCAACAGCAAGAAGACUGAAUAUCCCUUUCAGUUCACUGUGAGUACCUGGGAAGACUGAGAAAACUCUGCAAAUACUUUUAACAGUAUGUAUGUCAAAUCCUGUUAAGACAAAUUCCUCUAUAACAAAAAUGUUCCAGCCCUGGCUGAUGGUCCAAAUAUUUCAAAAAUAUUUCAAAAAUGUUCAAUACAACAGGAAAUUUGGACAGACUCCAAUUUUCCAUUUUGAGAUUUGAGCUGUGGUAGGCUUUUGAUGUUGGCUUCUGUGUUAGAGACUAAUGUUUAUCUGUGGACUUGCCAAACAUUCUUUUUAUGAAGGAAAAUUACAGUAUUAAUUUUUGAAGAGGUCCUUUUUUAAUUCUGCAGUUUUGAGUUACAUUUUUGAUUUACAAAUGAAUUUUUGAGUAAGUUUAAACUCAUGAAUUCAUAGCUAUACUAUGCCAAUCUGCUCAGUAAAAAAAAAAAAAAAUUAGGUAAUUCUUUAUAACUUUUUAUCACAGACAGUAUGGGUAUCUGGAUUUAUGUACUAAAAUUAAGAGUGGAGUAGAUUCCUUAUAGUAAAAUCAUGGUCAAAUUUUUGUUGUUUUUUUCCGCUAAGUGAUCAACCUCAGAUCUUUAGAAUUAAAACACAUUUAACUCAGGGAAUUUGUACUACUUGGAAACACUUAACUGUAAUGCAACAUGUUUUGGGAAUGUUGUAGUGUGAACUACCUUUAUAACUUAGGUUACAUACUCCUGCUAGGAUGUGUUUUCAAAUGAGAACAUAAUGGUAGCUUAGAAUGAAUGAAGAGGUGGUUCCUGUCAUUCAUAAUACAUAUAGAGGCUUUGCAUUUCUCAGUGCAAUCAGUGAUUUAUACUCAGAUUUGAUAUUACUUUAAAUAAUGUUUUUCCAAGGAAAGGCAUAACUGUAAAAUGUCAGUACUACAAUAAAGUCCCAUAGAUUUAUUUUGAAGUGGAAUGUGGCCAGGGUAGUUCUCAGGUUGUUCUAGAGCAGCACUUCUUUAUGUGGAAAACAGGUUUUAUAAGCAGCUUUGAAUCCACCUAGUCAUUGUAAGCUGGCAAAGGUACUGAUUACUAAAUUUCAGUAGCCACUUUCAUUAGAUUGGCCCCAGAACUGCCCUGGGACAUUUUACUGACUGGUACUAAGGGAAGACAGCAAUAAUAAAUUGUUAGCAAGGGCAGUUUUGGGGUAAAGAAUUUGGAGGGAAUAAACUUAAAAAGGAAAAGGGAAAAAAUCCUAACUGAAACUGUAUACAUUGUGCUCUUAUCUGUGGGAGAAGAGAGAUUUGGUGGAGGGAAGCUUUCUGAUUUAAAAAUUAGCAAGAUGUGUCAUUUUGUGUUUUUUUUUUAAUAUAGCACUUGAGUUAGAAGGGAAACUGCAUGGCAGGUAUGUGACUGCCACAAUAUGCAUUGAAGACAAACUUACAAAGAGGUGGGUAUGCAGCAGGAGUCUUCAGUAAUCAAGCCAAUGGCUUUUGUUGGUAAGGGAAGGGCCUCAACACAGUAAUGGACUGAUCCAGAUGGCUCCAGUGGAUGAAUGUGGGUAGAUAGUUUCUGCAAGCAUGAAUUCUUUAAGAGAAUGUCCUUUCUUUAAAAGAAGGUAACUUUUAUAAUUAGAGUACAUAGGGCAUGAUGUGGACUUAUAGUCUGGUAGGUAAAACAAAAAACCACUCAGGUAAGAACACUCAGUCAUGGCAGUUUUCAAGCAUGAAAAUUGUUUUCUGAAAGUACCACUUUUCCUCUUACAGAAGGCUGCGAAUUGGAUUUUUGUAUUUCUCAUCUCAAGAGAACUUGAAUUAUUUGGGGGAAGUGGGUUCAAAAGAGAAUAAUACAUCUUUCACAUUCAGAACCCAGCACCUAGUGUCCAAUUUUCAGUAUUUUAACUACCUCAGUAAUACUAUGAAUGUAAGAUACUGGGAUAGAGAUCCCAACUUGAAACAACAACUGGUGCCUAUGGUAAUUUAAUGUCUUAUCAAAUGCUUUUAUUGAUUGGUCUAAAUGUCAUCCUUGUUAUAGAAUAUGCCUUUUAAAAACACUUCUACUAACACUUUCCCAGUUUAUAUUUUAAAAAACUAAAGAACACUGGAUUAAUUUGGGGGGGGGUAGAAUAAAAUAAUUAAUUGGUUACUAUUGCUGCAUACCCAAGGUGGGGUGGUUGGACAACCCAGAACUAUUUUUUAAAACAUUAUGUUUCAGUAUAAAUACAACUCACAACUGCUAGCUUUGGGGGGUGGGGGGAGUUGUGUGGGUUUUGUUUUGUUUUAAUUUAUUGAUUAGUCUUUAGGUCUUUUUUUUUUUUUUUUGAGAUUACUGGACCAUCAUUAAAUGUGUACUGUGAAGAGGUUAAUAUGUAUAAAGGGCUUUACCAAAGUCCACUAAAUAAACACUACGCAAGUACAGACUGCAAACCAAAUGUAUGUGUUAUAACAUUAAUUGCAAAUAGCAAGUAUGGUGCUAAAGUCUACACCAAUGGAAUUAGAUGAGUGCUAUGCACUUAAUUUUAAAAUAAAACUAGUUUUCAGUAAAA